UGAUAUUUGCAUGGAGUGGGUUGGAGAUAUGUGGGAAUGGAUGGCGUUUGUAAGGAUGGCUGCAGUUGGAGGAGGCAUCACGGAAGAUGUAGGGGAAGAGCAUGGGCCAGGUUGUGUGGAACUAGGUUGGAACUUCAACUGCCCCAUCUCUGGAACAGUUUUGGUUUGUAUUGGGGGAAUGGUUACAUUCCAGUUGUUCUAUCAUGCAAUUGUUCAGCAAAUGUAGUGGAUGUAUGGAACAAGCUGCCAGAGAAGAUAGUAGAGGCUGGGACCAUCUCAUUGUUUAAGAGAUAGUUGCUUAGUGCUCAUAGAGUACUAUGACUAUAUGAUGCUCAUACUGUUGGUUUGGAUUUUGUUUGAGACAAAAUUGGGAAAUGGGCACUCAUUGGCUCUUGUGUCCUUUUAGACCAUUGUUAGUCAUUUUUUUCUUACACCAGAGUCUGGCUAAUUAGCGGGUAGUUGAAAAUAUAUUCACUGUCAAAACUUGUAUUAGUCUGUUUAUUAAAGUAGAACUUGCCUUUUUGUAAUUAAAGUUGCGUCCCAAGAUUUCAAUGCAGCAUCAGAUGCCCAUUAUGAUGUUACACCUGUGACGUCACACACCCACUGUUCAUCAUUACUGACGGCCGCCUCACCAGUGCAGUCCACUCAUCUCGACACAACGCCAGCCAUUUGUCAUGAAUGGAAACGAGGAAAAAAAAAACAGCUUUUGAUGAUGCUGUGGAAGAACGUGUCAUUAAUGAAGAGUACAAGAUCUGGAAGAAAAAUACUCCCUUCUUAUAUGACCUGGUUAUGACUCAUGCUCUGGAAUGGCCAAGUCUGACUGCACAGUGGCUACCUGAUGUUUCCAGACCUGAGGGGAAGGACUACAGUGUUCACAGGUUGGUCCUGGGAACCCAUACAUCUGAUGAACAAAACCAUUUAGUCAUUGCCAGUGUUCAACUACCAAACGAUGAUGCUCAGUUUGAUGCUUCACAUUAUGAUAGUGAGAAGGGAGAAUUUGGUGGAUUUGGUUCUGUUAGUGGAAAAAUCGAAAUCGAAAUAAAAAUAAAUCAUGAAGGGGAAGUAAAUCGUGCUCGCUACAUGCCUCAGAACCCUUGUAUCAUUGCCACAAAGACUCCCUCCAGUGAUGUGUUGGUCUUUGAUUAUACGAAACAUCCUUCCAAACCAGAUCCCUCUGGUGAAUGCAACCCAGAUCUUCGGUUGCGAGGACAUCAGAAGGAAGGCUACGGGCUCUCUUGGAAUCCGAAUCUUAGUGGCCAUUUACUUAGUGCUUCAGAUGAUCAUACCAUCUGUUUAUGGGACAUCAGUGCUGUGCCUAAGGAAGGAAAAAUAGUUGAUGCAAAAACCAUCUUCACUGGUCACACUGCAGUGGUAGAAGAUGUGUCAUGGCACUUGCUACAUGAGUCUCUGUUUGGUUCUGUGGCAGAUGAUCAAAAACUAAUGAUUUGGGAUACCAGAUCUAACAACACAUCCAAACCAAGUCAUUCAGUUGAUGCACACACCGCAGAAGUAAAUUGUCUCUCCUUCAAUCCUUAUAGUGAAUUCAUCUUGGCAACUGGUUCUGCUGAUAAGACUGUUGCAUUGUGGGAUUUAAGAAAUCUGAAACUGAAACUGCAUUCCUUUGAAUCUCACAAGGACGAGAUUUUCCAGGUUCAGUGGUCUCCUCACAAUGAAACUAUCCUGGCAUCAAGUGGAACAGAUCGCAGACUGAAUGUGUGGGAUUUGAGUAAAAUUGGAGAGGAACAGUCACCAGAAGAUGCUGAAGAUGGUCCUCCAGAACUGUUGUUCAUUCAUGGUGGGCACACAGCUAAAAUUUCAGACUUUUCUUGGAACCCAAAUGAACCUUGGGUAAUUUGCUCUGUAUCUGAAGACAACAUUAUGCAAGUGUGGCAGAUGGCUGAGAAUAUUUACAAUGAUGAAGAUCCAGAGGGAGUCCCUGACCCAGAAGGCCAAGGCUCGUAGUUGCUUCUUGCUUUCAAACACUUUUUUCUAUACAAACAUGCUAUUCUGCUAAUGAUGUUUUGGGAGAAGCUGUCGGUAUGUAACUACCAUCUCCAAAUGCAGGAGUUUGGAUAAAAGUAUGUCCUCCAGUAAGGACCUUUUUUAAAAAAAAAUGUUUGCUUCUCCCCCACAAGCCUAAUGUCCCAUUUUGCAACCAUUUGAGUAACGUGCUUUGUCUGCAUUUCUACUUGACUGAGUAACGCAGACUGUUGUGUACAAUACGUAUUUAAAGGCUUGCACCUGGAUGCUGCAGUGUUUGCAUUGUUUCUUCGCAGAUACAAGUCAGUUAAACCAAUUGAAUAUUCUCUGUGAGAGAGUCUUGCUAAAUAUAAUGUGCAUCAAUCCCAAUAAAAAUGAUAUGUUUUUCUACACAAAAUAUUAAAUGCAAGUUUUUUGCAUGUGUUCUACAGCUUGUUUUGAUGUAGUGAUCUUUCUGUGUUCAUGCAUUGGAUUGAGUAAAAUAUGUUCUAAAGAAAAA